GCCUGUAGGGGGCGAGGCGCUCAAUGUCCCUACAGCCAUGUACGUAACGACGUACGGCUCAGAGGGUGUGGACGUCUCCCAGCACUCAGUCUAACUGGGGGUAAUAACUUCUCUUCUAACGACAUUACACCGCAACAGGCGAAUAUAUCAGGGUUGUGUGACCUUCACUGAGCCUCUGUGAUUGCGUCCCUCGCUGUCCCGGAUGAGGGACUGAUGCUGCCUCUCUCCUCUGUCCCAGUUUAGUUUUGCAUCUGCUCCCAGAGGUGCAUUUUGAGAGACGAAUAAUAAUUAUAAAGCGGCAAAAAUGGACGACAUCUUCACGCAGUGCCGGGAGGGCAAUGCGGUGGCGGUGCGCUUAUGGUUGGACAAUACAGAGAAUGACCUCAAUCAAGGAGACGACCACGGCUUCAGCCCUCUCCACUGGGCGUGCAGGGAGGGUCGCUCCAGCGUGGUGGACAUGCUCAUCAUGAGAGGAGCUCGCAUCAACGUCAUGAACCGGGGAGACGACACGCCUCUGCACCUGGCUGCCAGCCACGGACACCGGGAAAUCGUGGGAAAGCUGAUCCAGUGCAAAGCAGACACAAAUGCAGCCAAUGAACAUGGGAACACGCCACUGCAUUAUGCCUGCUUCUGGGGCCAAGACCAAGUGGCUGAGGACCUUGUGAUUAAUGGGGCUCAGGUGAGCAUCUGUAACAAAUAUGGGGAAACUCCCAUGGACAAAGCCAAACCUCAUCUGCGUGAAUUCCUCAAAGAAAAGGCUGAGAAACUGGGACAGAAUUUGACUAAAAUUCCCUUCAAGGACACGUUCUGGAAAGGCACCACCAGAACCAGACCUCGUAAUGGCACUUUGAACAAACACGCAGGCAUCGACUACAAACAGCUUUCUCUUAUCACUAAAAUAAAUGAAAACCAGUCCGGAGAGUUGUGGCAGGGGCGCUGGCAAGGAAAUGAAAUUGUCAUUAAGGUGCUUAAAGUUCGUGACUGGACCACUAGGAAAAGCAGAGACUUCAACGAGGAGUAUCCCAAGCUCAGGAUAUUUUCCCACCCGAAUGUCCUACCCAUGUUGGGAGCAUGCCAGUCUCCUCCCGCCCCCCACCCCAUCAUCAUCACACACUGGAUGCCUUAUGGCUCCCUCUACAACGUGCUGCAUGAAGGCACCAACUUUGUGGUGGACCAGAUGCAGGCGGUCAAAUUUGCUCUCGACAUCGCUUGUGGAAUGGCCUUCUUGCACACACUUGAACCCAUGAUCCCACGCCAUUAUCUCAACAGCAAGAGUGUCGUGAUCGAUGAAGACAUGACGGCGAGGAUCAGCAUGGCCGACGUCAAGUUCUCCUUCCAGUGUCCGGGCAGGAUGUACUCGCCGGCGUGGGUAGCCCCCGAGGCUCUGCAGAAGAAGCCAGAAGAGAUCAACCGUCGGUCAGCAGACAUGUGGAGCUUUGCCAUCCUCCUGUGGGAGUUAGUGACCAGAGAAGUGCCGUUCGCUGACCUGUCCAACAUGGAGAUCGGCAUGAAGAUUGCCCUGGAGGGCUUGAGGCCAACCAUCCCCCCUGGCAUCUCCCCCCACAUUUGCAAGCUCAUGAAGAUAUGCAUGAACGAAGACCCGGCAAAGAGGCCUAAAUUUGACAUGAUUGUGCCAAUUUUGGAAAAAAUGCAGGAUAAAUGAAACCCCCCCCCCCCUCUCGUGCCCUCCAUCACUGAACCGACUCCGGAUAUCUCACCCCCAGAUUUGACCGAUAAUAGUACGGUGGUGUGGUGCUUACCAGUAUUGCCUUAAACUCCGCUGCGUUCAAUGUGUCACUGCCGCUUCUGCAUCUCAGAUAGGUCCAACAGCAUUCACUUAUUUUAUAUUUUCCUUUUUUCCCCCAAUGUGAUAUCAAGUUUUUAUUAAUGAUUCUGUCACUGAUCUGCUGAUACCGUCUCCACGGGAGCUUAGUAUUUACUGUUCAUCUUCUAAACUGUAAUCAUGUGGCUGAAUAACCUGUGGAGGUCAGCAUGACGGUCUGCUGGUAACAGAAGCUCCUGAUAACGGUGGCUCAUGAUAAAAAGAUAUUAACCCGUAGCUUGCCUUGUGGGGAAAGGUUUGUUGUGAAGCCGGGCAAGCAUGACUGACACCAAGCAUUUAAACACGGAAAAUAAUAACACUUGAAAAGUGAAUGAGCAGUGAUGAAGAUGAGCUUGGCCUAUAUUCAGCUUUGGUCCCAAACUCUGAUCUUGGUACCAUUUCAAACUUUUUUUCCCCCCUUUUUCUUGUGCAGCAAGUGAAAUAUUACAGUCAAAAUGCAUUGAUUCUUGUUAAUUAUUUUAAUAUAAUCAACUGUGUUACUCAAAUGUGUACAUUCAGUUUGUUUUGUAAUAUUGCUUUUGUUCUGAUAGCCCUACUGGUGAACAAAAAGUCUCUGUCAAGAUGUGUAAAAGUGUUUGCGUCUAACUCGAGUGUUAUUUUCAUGUUGAAUACUAGAAAUCUCCCAUGUGUCCUGUUUCGCUUGUAGUGUCAGGAAUGAACACUCCAACCAACCACACUGUCUUUUAUUCUUGGAUUGUUAAAAUGAGUUGUUGAGGGAGGCUGUUCCAGAUUUUAUGGUCACAUCAGAAGCUGCUGCCAACACAAUUCGACUGGGACGUAAAGGGGUUGGACGUAACAUCCUGCAAUGUUUUUUUUUUCUUCUUUUUUUUAAAUUGGUCCUCUGGAUUGCUUCGGACUUUAUACCAAUCUCAUGGGUUGUUUCCUCUACCUGCAUCCGUUCUGUGCCUCCACCAGCUUGCUUGUUUGUGCCGAAUCACAGGUUGAAGCCAAAAUCAAGAAUGACUUAUACAAAUGUAUGUAUUUAUAUAUAAAUAUAUUAAAAAUAAAACAUAUGGAUAACUUGA